GCGGGGGAGGAGAGCGGAGCGGGACGCGCCGGGCCGGGGGAGCGCGGCCGGCUCGGGGACCCCCUUCCUCGGUUCUGCGGGCUCGGCCCCGUGCCCAGCAGGGCAGGUAGCGGCUCGGCUGCCUCUCCCGGGUGGGGCUCGGGCCCGUGUCUCUCCCCUCCCUCCAAUUUCUCCUUCUUCCCUGCUCCGCAGCCCCUCGGCCGGGCGAGGCGAGGCAGGAGCGGCCGGUCCCGCAGCCGGUCCCGGAGCCCAGCCCGGCUCCUUCGGGGAUGCGGCAGCUGCCCCCGCACGCAGCAGCUCUGCCCCUGGGAGAGCUGCCCGGCUGAGGGGGCACCGGGGGCACCAUGAGCGGCGGCAGGUUUGAUUUCGAUGAUGGAGGUGCCUAUUGCGGGGGCUGGGAAGGGGGCAAAGCCCACGGGCACGGCAUCUGCACCGGCCCCAAGGGCCAGGGGGAGUACUCGGGCUCCUGGAACUACGGCUUUGAAGUGGUGGGCAUAUACACCUGGCCCAGCGGCAACACCUACGAAGGCUACUGGUCCCAAGGCAAGAGGCACGGCCUAGGAAUCGAGACCAAAGGACGGUGGGUUUACCGAGGAGAGUGGACCCAUGGCUUCAAGGGACGGUACGGGGCCAGGCAGAGCAUGAGCAGCGGAGCCAAGUAUGAAGGUACCUGGAAUAACGGCCUGCAGGACGGCUACGGCACCGAGACCUAUGCUGAUGGAGGCACGUACCAGGGCCAGUUCACCAACGGGAUGCGGCACGGCUACGGCGUGCGGCAGAGCGUGCCCUACGGGAUGGCCUCCGUGGUCCGCUCCCCCCUGCGCACCUCGCUCUCCUCCCUGCGCAGCGAGCACAGCAACGGCACCCUGCCCCAGCAGGACUCCCCUGCGGCCAACCCCGAGAGCCUGCCCCUCUCGCCCACCAUCACCCGCGGGGGCUUUGCCCUCAGCCUCUACGCGGAGGCGGAGGCCGGCAAGCCCAAGAAAGGGGGGCUCUUCCGCAGGGGCUCCUUGCUGGGCAAGCUGAAGAAAUCCGAGUCCAAGUCGUCCCUGGCCAGCCAGAAGAGCCGUGUCAGCUUCCUCAAGAGCGAGAGCGGGAUCAGCUCGGCUGCCAGCGAUGCCACCUCCACCGUCAGCCUGGGUGAGGGCGCCGAGGGUGAGGAGUUCACCCCCUUCGAGUCCGACAUCGACGCCACCACCACGGAGACCUACAUGGGCGAGUGGAAGAACGACAAACGCGCCGGGUUCGGCGUCAGCGAGCGCUCCAGCGGGCUGAAGUACGAGGGCGAGUGGCUGGACAACCUGCGGCACGGCUACGGCUGCACCACCCUGCCCGACGGCAAGAAGGAGGAGGGCAAGUACCGCCACAACGUCCUCGUCAAGGGCAUGAAGAAGCGUGUCAUACCUCUCAAGAGCGCCAAGAUCCGGCAGAAGGUGGACAGGAGCGUGGAGGGAGCUCAGAGGGCCGCGGCCAUCGCCCGGCAGAAGUCGGAGAUCGCAGCAUCCAGAACAGCUCACGCCAAAGCCAAGGCUGAAAGUUCUGAGCAGGCAGCUCAGGCAGCUAACAACGAAUCGGGCAUAGCCAGGAUGAUGGCCAGGGAGCUCUCCCCAGACUUCUAUCAGCCAGGUCCCGAGUACCAGAAGCGGAAGCUGCUGCACGAGAUCAUGGAGAACGCGGAGCACGCCGUCAACAUGGAGGAGGCAGCGCCACGGCCUGCUGCCGCCCCGCCACCCCCCACGCCCCCCGAGAGCCCCCAGCUCCACGAGCAGGAGGAGGCCCAGCGCCGUGCCAGCCCGGCGCCCAGCCCCGCCGCCACCCCUCCCGAGGCCAAGCGGGCCAAAGCAGCCCCCCAACAGGACGGCGCCCUCCGUCCGGGCAGCCGGGUGGGCGGCAGCAGCCCCCUGCCCCCCGAGGGCGAGGGCCGGCCGGCCUCGCGGGGCCGGGGCCGACCCGCCGAGCAGAUGGAGAUCGGGCCGCUGCAGAGGAUCGCGCAGGAGCCCGACGUCGAGCUGGUCAAGGGCUACCACAGCUACGCUGUCCGGACCUCCUCGGUCUCCCCUGCGGCGGACUCUGAGGAGGAGUCGCUCCCUGAGCCCCAGACACCCUCCCCUGAGCCCCGGGGGGACCCCCAGCCCCCUGGGGGCACCCCCAGCCCACCGCAGGAGCGGGAGGAGAAGCCGGCGGCCAAGGCGGAGGCCAAGCAGGAGCCGCCCCGGCCCAAGGAGCCGAAGCAGCGCUCCAGCCCCGAGCGCCGGGCUGCGGGCCGCCCCGAGCCCCCCGCCGACAGGAAAACUGAGGCCAAGGUGCCAGGGCGGACGGAGCCCAAGGCGGGGGCCAAGCGGGGCCCAGCCCCGGCCGUGGUGGCAGCAGCGCGGGAGGCGGAGGAGUGCGAAGAGGGACCUAACACAAUCGUGAUCUGCAUGGUCAUCUUAUUGAACAUUGGUCUGGCCAUCCUAUUUGUACAUUUUUUGACAUGAUGGCCCCUCGGACAAGGCAUUGCUGCUGAUGGAGACCACAGACCUUGGCAGAGAUUAAAUCUCAGCCACCUGGAAACACCUAAGAGGAGGACUGGAGAUCCCAAGGUUGCACUGCAAACAUGAAUCUUAAACAAAAGCGCCUGAAGAUCAGUUCAGUCUGUUUGCUCCCAGGCUGUGGCUGGCCUCUGCAAUCUACCAAGGAAAAGCCAGGGUUUCUGCAAUUCAGCCUCCUUCUCCUCUUUGUAUAAAAUAGCAGUUGCCUUAAUUUGUUCUCACCAAAGCCAUCAACUGUCCUGUCAUGCCAGGGAUGAGGGAUUUAUUUGUAGCUGUAGGAAAAUGAGUGAGAAGGUCUCAUCCAUGCACACUGAUGUGUUUCGUAACUCCCUUGGGUGACUCAGUGUCAGAGAUUUCCCAAAGAAUAUCAUGCAUGGCAUGGAGAUGAAGCAAUACUCAGCAACCAGAAUGACUCAUGAGAGCCACGCCAUGGCUAGGGGUGGACAACAUCACCCUCCAUGCUUGGAAGUCAUCCAAAGGGACAAACAAAAAGUCUUUCCUUUCCUUGCCACCUGGAGUCGUUUUCCACAGACGGAGGACUGAGAGGGGGAGCAAGUUGGAACUGGGAUUGUUGAAGUGUAACCAGAGUCCUGCCCACGCCUGCUGAUGGGGCUGUGGGGUAGGGUGUGAGGGACUGGCUGGUCUGAGGCUGUUCAGGUGUGCAGGGGAUGCUGCGGGUGGAAAUGGUGCCCGUUUUGGGACCAGAUGCCAUCCAGCCACCGUCAUGCCACCAGCAAUGCUCUACAUGGAAGCAUCUUGCAGUGGGAGACUUCCCACUGUAACGGGAAAGGAAACAGAUGUCUUGAAUUUAUCCCUUUACCACACCCCACCCCCCCUUUUUUUUUUUUUCCUUUUCUGUGAAAAUGGUGUGUUAGGAUGAAAAGGAGGUACUUACUGAGAAAUACCCCUGUACGCCCACGGGUUCCUGCCCCUUGGCAUGCUGGGCUAUAGGGGGGCUCCUGGGCUUCCUCCCUGCAACAGAGACUUUUCAGCCAGAGGAUUCAGGGUGGCUGUCAUGGGAGAGGUUAUGUUAUUCCCAAAAGGAAAAAGGUGCAGAGAGCUAAGUGACUCAAGUGCAUUGGAGCGUUAGGCUCAAAAAUACACAGUAGCCAGUCUUUGAGCAGUGGUAGAGUACAGAGGGGCAAUUCUAGCUGUUGUUCUUGUGUGUGAGGUUUAGUGGCUUGGGUGAUUUGCACCAAAUGUUCCCAAAGCUGAAACAGAGAGUGACUUUUGGAAGGAGAUGUUUCCAUCGUGAUCUGCUCUGAUCCUUAGCAGUGUGAGCUUAGAAAGUUGGCACAGAUGAAGUUACAGUUUAGUGUGAGGCUGAGUGCUUGGACGUUUCUUCCUUCUUUUGAGAGCAAUAUGUAUUUUCUAUCCCUUUUUAAGAUACCGGAAUUGUUAUUUAUAGUCGGUUGUGCACCUCUGUGUAUUCUGAAGUCCCACAGCACAGGACUGGGUGGGAAAACCUGAGGGACUGGAAAGAAUGUGGAAAUUAUGGUUAAGGAGAAAAACGAAUGCCCAGUCUGCUCCAAAGGUCAAUCUGAAAGGAUUUCAGAAACAGAGUGGCAGACAGGCAGAGGUUUACACUGACUGGAGACACAGGGCAAAACCUGCCUAAUUUAUCUGCUCUAAUUAUGGCACAAGAGAGUGAGAAUAAGUAAGUACUUUUCUUUGUGAACCAAGUUUAUUUUUUAACCUUAUUCAGCUCAGGAAUGUUGCCACAGUAGCAAAUAUGUGGUGUUAACUGUGGGAGAAGUGAAUGUGAUCCCUUCCUAAAAGCCAUGUGGCUGUACCAGUCCUGAGAAAGCUGUGCAGCAUCAUCUACAAAUCCACAGAGCAUAGUUUAGUUGCAGUUUGCUUCUUUCUUUUUUUUUUUCUUUCUUUUUUUUUUUUUUUUUCCUUUUCUUAAGUGUAAAUGUAUUGCAAACCCCAGGCUCUGUGCCUUUGACAAUUUAUCUCUCUUUGCUGGCACUCACUUGCCAGCUCUGCAGUUCUGUUAUCCCAGCUGCUUUUAUUAACCACAGAGACAAUUUCCAUUGAGAGACCUGAGGGGCUUUUAUUUACCACUAAGCACAAAAAUGGAGCUUUUUUUCAACAGUGCUAAGAUAAUCUGCCCCCCUCCCUCCCCCAUUUUUUUAUGCAUGUGAUGUGCACUCAGUAAUGUGCUUUUCUCUUAGUAACCUUCUGAGAAAAGUAGGUAGAUUUGCUUUUAUGUGACACAUAAAUAUAUCCAUAUUGCACUGAGAUAUGGAUAUAUAUACAUAUAUAUAUAUAGCCCCUUAGGGAUUUCGUUUCCUUAGAUGCAAAAUAACAGAUUUACCUCAAACUGCAUGCUUUCAAAACUGACUAGGAUAUUGUGUUGUACUUUUCAGGUCUUACAAAGAUGCAGAUACAUUUCACUCUUCACACAAAAAUACCUACAUCACAGAUUUUGCAAGCUGUUUACUACAAUCUCUGUACUACUGUCCGGAGUUUUCUGUCGGUUGUUCUGCUGGAUUACGUGCAAUAAUAAACAGUUAUCUGCUCACUG